GAAACAGUGGUGGUGGAACAUAUGGUCUCCUCUCUUGACGGCGUUCGAAAUUCUGUGCUGCUAUGGGUCUCGAGCCGAUUUGCAAGACCGCGUCCCUCGACCCGAAAGUCCCACAUCGUAGUACACGGCUUCUCUGACGUGGUUCCGUCUCUGUUUCAGGACGCGAACGUCCCUAUCGAAAUUUCUGUUGCCAAGCUUCUGGACUGGCUCAUCAGUAGACGUCACUGCUCGACAAAUUGGCAAGAUCAGGUAGCUCCAGUCCGAGAGAAGAUCAACCACGCAAUCCGUGACAUGCCGGAGAACGAGGAGGUUCGCCAACUAUUGUCAGGCUCAUUCAUCAAUUAUUUCAAUUGCAAGCGCAUCGUCGAGAUCCUCAAGGAUACAGAGAAAGACAGCAAGAAUUUUUUCGGCUCUUAUGGUUCCCAGCGGAUGAAAGACUGGCUUGAAAUCCUGAAGAUGUAUCGGGUGGAUAAUGUCUACUUGGCGGAUGCUGCGCAGCAGCUCGUUCGAACCCUGUCCUACGAAGUUCCGUCUAUGAAGCGCCAGAUUAACAAGAACAAUCAGUUGCGUGACGAGAGUUUUGCGAGAGAAGAGGCGUAUAUCAAGAAUUGCGCCGAGAUGCAAUCUCAGUACGAGAGAGAGUGUGGAAACCUGGGAAUAAAAGGACAUCAUAUUCGGAGCGAGCUCCUCUCUCUGCUCAAGGAGAUGCCGGCUGUAUUUGAGGGAGCCGUUUCCCGUCUGAAGCACAUACAGCCAAUUAUAGAUCUGUAUAGAUCCUUCAUUAACUUCACCCUCCGGCAGGAAUUGCCAGACCCCGAGUUUCUCCCGCUUAUUCAUUACAUUCUCACAAAAGGGAACACGACGACCUAUGAGUGGCGUACUGGUCGCGUGCCUGACGUCGUUCAGGAAUUGAGACUGAGUUCACCUGUAGACGUGGAAACGGCCGUGGAAGACCACAUCGAUCCCGGAGAUGUUGAUGAGGCAACCUCCGUGGGCACUUCGCAAUCGAAUGGAGACUUCGUUCAUGUAGAACAGGAGGAGAUAGACUUCGGAGACGUCGAUGACAACAUUUCAUGGGACAUAUCGGUUCAGGAAGACGCAUCUGGCAAAGUCGACAGUCUAGGCAGCGAAGAAGGUGGAGCCGAUGUCGCCAAGGGAACAGAUGCUCUAUCUGUACUUCACAAUGUAACGACGCGGGAAAUGUUCUUGAAUGAGCUGCGAGAAUUGGAGUGUUUCUUGCAGCAAAGGAUCGCCGAGGUGUCUAUUGAGGGAGAUGUCCUUUUGGUCAGCAUAAUGCAGAAUGCUCCUCCGGACGUUCAGAAGCAAAACGUGGAAUCUUUGCGCGCAAUGAGCCGGGAAAUCAAAGAGCUCCUGGAAACAAUGACUACGCAGAAAAUGCUCCAUUUGUAUCAGAUACAUUCCUCGCCAAGAUACGUAGAUCGAUUGGUGGAACAACUGGAGCACAAAUUACAUCUUGCGGAAAAGUACACGAGAAGCAGAGAAGCGCUUAUAUCACACCGAGAGGAAGCUCUCGAAGAACAGAAACGGUUGGAGCCCCAGCUGGACACCAUCAUCGCCAAGGCAAAAGCGCUGCGCUCCGAAAUCGAGGCAGAAGUUUCAGCCAAGUACAGAGGACGUCCCGUUCGACUUAUAGGAAGCAACCUCUUCUGAACUCUCUAUCAAGCAGUGACGAUAUCGCAUCGGAAAGUGUCUUCUCGAGGCUAUCUCAUCCAGAAGGGAUUGUGGGUCCUGCAUCGUGAUCUGAGUGUCUGUUCCUGGAUUCAGGGCAGAAAUUCAUUCAAUAAAUGUUCGAUUUUUCU